UUCCAAAAAGCCCUAAAAACCUUCUGUAUCUCCCUGCGCGGCGGCUGGGCUGUUUCUGUCUCAGAAUCUCCAAAAUGAAGGUGAUUGCUGCUUAUUUGCUUGCUGUUCUUGGUGGAAACAGUAAUCCAUCUGCUCAUGAUGUAAAGUUUAUCCUAGAAUCAGUCGGUGCUGAAGCUGAUGAUGGGAGGAUUGAAUUCCUGUUAUCUGAAGUUAAAGGCAAGGACAUUACUGAACUUAUUGCUUCUGGAAGGGAGAAAUUGGCUUCUGUGCCUGCAGGUGGUGGUGGUGGUGCUGUUGCAGUUGCUACUUCUGUCGGCAGCGGCGCCGGUGGUGCUGUUGCUCCUGCAGCCGCUGAACCUAAAAAAGAAGAGAAAGUGGAAGAAAAAGAAGAGUCUGAUGAUGACAUGGGCUUCAGCUUGUUCGAUUAAUUCGUGGACAAGUAAAAUUUGGAACAUAUGGGACAAUCUCAAUAGCAAAAAACAAACAAUCUUGUGAUCAAAAUGACGUAAAAGUUCAAGCCAAAAUUUGUUUCUCAGUAUGCUGUCCAAGAAAUAGUUGGGAUGGGACUGAACUAUUUAAUAUAUAUUGAGGGGAGUGAAAUAUUACAUGUUUUUGUUUUAUGUCAUCUCAAAAUAGAAUUAUAUAAUUGCGUUCAAAGCAUAAUUACUGCAACAGGAAAGUAUUGCAUUUUGGCAUUGA